AUGGUCGCCUUUGGAAUCCCAUACGAUGUGAAAACAGAUCCGAUACAGGAGAUGAAGGCCUUCAAAGCUGCAAUGGCGGAUGCAAAAGCAAAUCCAGACUGGCGUACAGCUCGUUUCAUAGAACGUCAACGCUGGAAUCCGUACUCAUUCGAAGGAGGGUGAGU